AUGACAAAACCUAGUCAGUAUAUACCCUAUCUACCGCCAGCACAGCCAAUUGAUUUAAGUACAUUUAAAGGUUUUAAAUUCGUUACACUUGAUGGCUUAGUGGUAGAAACACGUGAUAUUGAUGAUGAUGUUAGUGGUACAUUUGAAUGGGAGAUGUGUGCAGGUCAAGAAGAUCGAUGUAUGCAAUUUAUUCGGGAGAAAUGUGUUAAUAAACGAACAUUCUUGAUUACCUCUGGUGGACUUGGAAAAAAUGUUGUACCUCAUAUUCAUGAUUUACCACAACUUUAUGCAAUUUAUGUUUAUUGUCAAGAUAUUGCAGGUCAUCAACAAUGGGCAUCUAAAUUUUCAAAAGUACGUAUUGUUUGCAAUGAUGAUAGAGUCUUACAUCCUCAACUUGCCGUCGAUGUGGCACAAGCCAAUAUUGAUUGGGGAGAUGCACUUCUCAAUGCAGGUAAACGUGAUGAAGCUAGGGCGAAAUUCCAAAAAGCAUUGGACAAUUUAACCAAACAUGCUAAAUUUUCUGAUCAAGCUUUCCUGAAUCAAGUUCAAAAAAAAUUAGCUGAAUGCAAUUAA